AUGGCGUGGAGACGCUCCAAACUAUCUGCUGUGGGCUUCUUCUACGAUGAAGACUUGCAAAGCCUUGCCCACAUGUCGGUUCCCCCUCACGUCGAAACGCUUCGCCAGUCAAUGCUCGACUUUGCAUGCCAGGACCAAGGCCCGCCCUCUGAAGAGUGUAUCCAGAUCCAAUAUUUGGCCAAAAUCAAUUUUGAUGGCGGAUACGACGAAAAGACUUGGCAAGACUUUUUUCGACAGAACUUCUUUGAUGUACUUUUGAAAGAUACUUCGGGAUCACAAGGUGUUUCGCGCAAGGUCUCACGGUGCAACUACUAUUAUGACGCUGCAAGGACUAGCACCGAUGCUUUGUGGACAACAUUCAGAGAGAAGUUGGAAGGUGAUCGAAUUAGAACGCUUCCCAAGGCCGACUUUGUCUUCUAUCUCCCGAUAUACCACUUGGCCGCCGAAUCUCCUAUACCUCGAAUCACUGAUCACAGAGGUCGGGAAUGGAACAAAGAACCAGCGUCAUCUCUUGUAGAGAACUUCUCCUGGUCUACUCUAAAAGGGCUCUAUAUGCACGGGCUACGUCCCUCUCCUUUCAGGAUUUUUGGCAAUGAGGAACCCCUCGAAGCAGAUUUGAAGUGCUAUCCAUGGCUUGUUGUUGAGUGUAAGAGUGGCAAGAAAACCCUGAAUGAGAGUCAGCGAUUGGCAGAAUGGGAGACUGUCUGUUGCCAAGCACUCAAUGCUAGCGCGUGCGCCGUUAAGUUGAACCAGAUUGCCGCGAGGUAUGCCGUUGACUUGCUCAAGCAGACGCAUAUUCCUCCAAUUCCAGCUGUGACUACAGUCGGCACCAAGGUCAGUGUCUGGAUAACGUACUUUGCACAAGACUUCAUGGCGUAUUACCAUAAAGAGCGCUCUUACAUGUCUUACUGCAAACAAGAUCAAGGUUAUAUGAUGCAACGGAUCUGGGAGGGAGAUAUGACUGAGAUUCGAGACAUUAGGGAAUUCCAGCUUAUACUCGAAAACACAUAUACUUGGGCUAUGCGGGUAUACAAGCUUCAGAUAAAUGGGUUUAUCGACUAUUGGAGGGCAGCCCACUGCAGCAUCGAUUCUACUCCAUGGAGCAUGCCACAAAGACGCGCCCAGUUGAGAGAAGGGUCCUCUUCACAGCCAGAUACUCCAUCUGCCAACCAAAUCAGACAUGCUUCUACUACGAACACCAGAGCGGAGACAACUACCGUACUUGGCAGGACUCGGGGAACACGCAACGCUCCCAGGGCUCCCAAUAAUCCCAAAGCACGAGUGAACCAGGCUUUAGCACUUGCACGAGUUAUUGAGAUCUCAAGCGGAUCUGAAUCGUGUGAAGACUCGGAUACUGAGGAUGCUGAGGAUGCCGAGGACACUGAGGAUAUCUCUGCCUACUCACCUUCAAGUACACCCUCAACAGUCCUUUUUACGGCAAGCGAGGGAAGGUCUGUACAAGGCUCAGUAGGUCCUCCUUCAGCCCGCAGUUCAGCCCGCAGCUCAAGUCGCCCUCUUUCGAUCCGGAGCUCCCAGGGUACUCCUUCGGGGCGUUCCAUAAGGGCCCCAGCUUCGGCUAGCUCAAGAAGCCAGGUUUCUGUCAGCAGCUCUGUGGACCCUCUUCUUGAUUCUGCGAACAACGACGGUUCGGGUUACGCUCCACAACAAAAUGUGCGAAAGGUCUUUCCAGAUACGUGCCCCAGGUGUCAGAGAACAAGAAGGUUUUUCCAUAAUUGCCACCUAUAA